AUGACUUCCACGCCACCAGAGACACCACCUCCUGGUUUCUUGGGCCAGAACGGCGCAUCCACGCCUCAAGUGCCAGACACUCCCAACAUCCUUUUUAUCAUGGCCGAUCAAUUGGCAGCCCCUCAACUCAAGAUCUGGAAUGACAAGUCUCAAAUCAAGACACCCAACCUCGACAAGCUCGCUGAGAAGUCUGUCAUCUUCGACUCGGCCUACUGUCCCUCUCCCCUCUGCGCACCCUCGCGCAUGUCAUUGGUGACUGGCCAGCUUCCUUCCAAGAUUGGCGCAUACGACAAUGCCUCAUCCAUCAGCUCAGACACACCCACCUUCUCACACUACCUUCGUCACGCAGGCUAUGAGACAGUCUUGGCUGGCAAGAUGCACUUCAUUGGCGACCAAUUGCAUGGCUGGGAGAAGAGAUUGACUGCCGACAUCUACCCUGCCGACUAUGGUUGGGCUGUCAACUGGGACGAGCCCGACACUCGCCUCGAGUGGUACCACAACAGCAGCUCCAUUCUCCAGGCAGGCCCUUGCGUGCGCAGCAACCAGCUUGACUACGACGAGGCAAGCAUGCACAAGAGUACUCAGUACUUGUACGACUAUGUCCGCCAGGGUCCUGAUGCCAGACCUUUCGCAUUGACCGUUUCGCUCACCCACCCCCAUGACCCUUACACCAUCGAGGACAAGUACUGGGACAUGUACGAAGAUGUCGACAUUGACAUGCCCGAUGUUCAGAUUAAGAAGGAAGACCAGGACCCACACAGCAAGCGUCUGCAACACGUUUGCGACCUUGAGGAUUACGACUUCACCCCUGAGCAGAUCAAGAAGGCCAAGCGUGCCUACUAUGGUGCUUGCUCAUAUGUGGACGAUUGCAUUGGCAAACUGCUUGACGUUCUGGACAGAUGCAAGCUGCGCGACAACACCAUCAUCAUCUUCAGUGGUGACCACGGUGACAUGCUUGGCGAGCGUGGUCUGUGGUACAAGAUGUCGUACUUUGAGAGCUCUGUCCGCGUGCCUAUGCUUAUCAGCUACCCCAAGGCAUACGCUCCUCACCGUGUUUACGAGAAUGUCUCAACUCUUGAUCUUCCGGCUACCCUGUGCGACAUGGUUGGCACCAAGCUGGUCCCUGGUCUGCCUAUGGAUGGUCACUCGAUGAUGCCUCACCUCAGAGGCAAGAAGGGCAACGAUACCGUCUUUGCCGAGUACAUGGGCGAGGGUACAGUUGCUCCUCUCAUGAUGAUUCGCCGUGGGCCUUGGAAGUACAUCACCUGCCCUGUCGAUCCACCUCAACUCUUCAACCUUUCUACCGAUCCCAAGGAGCUUACCAACCUUGCAACCAGUGAGGAUCCAGAGACCAAGUCUAUGUUCGAGGCUUUCGAGAAGGAGGCCGCUGCUAAGUGGGACUUCGAUGCCAUUACCAAGGAUGUCUUUGCCCAACAGCGUCGUCGCCGCUUCGUUUGGGGUGCCCUCAAGACUGGCGAGUUCCACAGCUGGGACUACCAGGUUCCCGAUGACAGCAGAAACAUGUACAUUCGCUCGCACAUGGAUCUUGACGACCUUGAGCGUCGUGCUCGCUUCCCUGUCGUUGACACCUAUGGCCGUGAAAAGAUCAUCACAAAGGCCACGACCAAGAUCCCUCACCAGGCUGGUGCUUACGGCCAGUGA